GCCUGAGUUGAAGGUGAAAGAUGAGCAUUUCGUCAGAAACCAAUUCCCUCCGGAAACAAAUUGGGAGCAACCUGCAAACGCAGUCUCAAAUCAUAGAGCUCAAUGUUGGCGGGGAGAUAUUCACCACCACCCUAAGCACCUUGAAGAAGCACCCUGGUUCCAAGCUGGCCGAGAUGUUUGCCAGUGGGCAGACCAAGCCCCGCACGGACCCCGAGGGAAGAUAUUUCAUAGACCGGCCCGGGACUUACUUCAAGUACAUCUUGGAAUACCUGCGCAGCAACCAGGUGCCCACAAACUGCGUCCAGGAGGUGUACAAGGAAGCCCUCUUUUACGACAUCGAGCCUUUGGUCAAGCAGCUCGAGGACUCUCCCCAGAUCUUUGGGGAGCUGGUGGCCAGGAAACAGUUCCUCGCCCGCGUGCCCAGCUACAACGAGAACAUCGAGCUGAUGAUCCGCAUCGCGAGGGCAGAAGCGGUGGCGGCCCGGCAAUCCAGCGUAAUGGUGUGCGUGAUGAAGACUGACGAGGAUGUCGUCAAGUGCCACGACACCCUCAACGGCUUGGACUCCUACAAGAAAUCGGUGGUCAAGUUUGGACCCUGGAAAGCCUCUCCCGGCAUUUCUGACCUUCUCGACUGCAUCAAGAUUGAUGUGGAGGCCAAAGGGUACAAGAUCUCUCUCCAGGGCUACGUUCCAGAGAAGGGCUUCCGCUUCAAAUCCAAUGACUACUUCUACAAAUUUCUCUUCACUUGGUGGUAGUGGAAAGCCAACAGGAA